CAGCGGUUCAGGACGGAUCCCCCGGCCGCGGGACGCAGCGACACUUCGGCGGAGAGUUUGCGCGGCGCCAUGGGGCUGUCGGUGCGGAGCUGGGUCGCCAACGAGGGAGGGAAGCACUUGGUCCUGAUGCUGUGGCUGGGAGCCAACACCUGGCUGUUCCUCAGAACCUUCCUGCUCUACUCCACUGGACAGCAGUACCACUACCUCUACAAGAUGCUCGGGCUCGGCCUGUGCAUCAGCAGGGCCGCUGCAUCAGUGCUGAACCUGAACUGCAGCUUGGUCCUGCUGCCCAUGUGUCGCUCGCUGCUGACCUUCGUACGAGGAACACACGUGGUAUCAAGCAGGAAAACUCGCAGACUGCUGGACAAGAGCAAGACCUUUCAUGUGGCAUGCGGCGUCGCCAUCUGCAUCUUCUCCGUUGUGCACGUUUCUGCCCACCUGGUGAAUGUCGUCAACUUCAGCGCAGGCUACUCAGACGACUUUCCUUCUCUCAAUCUGGCUCGCUACAGAGGAGAGGACCCCAAGCUGAUUAUUCUAACUACAAUCCCAGGAAUCACAGGCGUCGUGUUGGUUCUCAUCCUUUUCUUGAUGUUCAUGUCCUCCUCCUAUUGCGUACGGAUGUCCAACUACGAGAUCUUCUGGUACACGCACAACCUCUUCAUAAUAUUCUACAUAGUCCUGAUGGUGCACAUGGUCGGUGGAGCUCUGAAGUAUCAGACCAACAUCGAGGCCCACCCCCCCGGCUGUCUCGGAGCCAACCAGAGCAGCGCGCAGCGGCAGGGCCUGGAGGAUCUGGAUCAGGCUGAAGAUGAGGAGAGCAGAUGCAGAGAGGAAGCUCACUUCCAGCCACACUAUCCCCAGACUUGGCUUUGGGUGUCCGGUCCACUCUGCCUCUACUGCGUGGAGCGCUUCUACCGCUACAUCCGGAGCAGCGACCCUGUUACCAUAGUGACCGCCGUCAGGCACCCCUGCAAUGUCAUUGAGUUACGCAUGUUGAAGAAAAACUUCAAAGCCCGACCUGGACAGUAUAUUGUUCUCAACUGUCCAGGUGUGUCUUCGUUUGAGAACCAUCCCUUCACACUGACGACGUGUCCCACAGAGAACAAGAAAACUUUUGGCAUCCAUCUGCGGGUUGUGGGAGACUGGACUGAACGCUUCACGCAGCUGCUACUUCCUCAGCCGACGCUCAACUUGGAGAUCCUUCCCAUGGUGCACCAGAGGAGAUACCCAAAGCUCUACGUGGACGGCCCUUUUGGAAGUCCAUCAGAGGAAGUGUUUAACUACGAUGUCAGUCUCUGCGUCGCAGGCGGAAUCGGAGUCACGCCGUUUGCCUGUGUGCUUCAUGCUCUCCUUGACGGCUGGACGGGGUUCAGGUUGCAGAGGCUGUAUUUUGUGUGGGUCUGCAGGGAGCUUCAGUCCUUCUACUGGUUUUCAGAGUUAUUGAUCGCUCUGCAUCACAAGCUUUGGCGAGAAAACAGACCAGACUACUUCAAUGUGAAGCUGUACGUCAGUCAGACGGACAGCCUGCAAAGCAUAUCGGAGGAGAAAUAUCGCCCGCUCACGUCAAGGCUGCUGGUUGGUCGGCCCAGGUGGAAAUUGCUUUUGGAUGAAAUCGGAAAGGCCAACAAACAUAAGCGUGUCGGCGUGUUCUGCUGUGGACCGAAGGGCAUUUCAAGGACACUCCACAGACUGUGUAACUCAGCCCGACCCUCCGGGGCGACCUUCGAAUUCAAUAAGGAGUCAUUCAGCUGAUUGAGGAAGAUUUU